GCAACGGCGUCUACCCGAGCUGCGACCCGUAUGGUGCGGAGUUCUCUGAGACUUAUAUGCCAGAGCGUUACAAGCUUGCAGGUUUGGCCCUCGCUGGCAACUACAAGUUUGUACUGGAUGGAGUUCAGGCUGACCAGGACUAUGUUAGGACCCAAGCGGGCACUGUCUGCGCAAUGGCAAAUAUGGCGGAGAUCAUGGCCCGCAACACCAGGGUCCUGACUGAAUCUGACAUGCGUUUGUACAAAAUGUGCGCGCUUGCAAUGCGGUGCGGUUAUAUGAAGAUGGCCGUUUCCGCGCACUCAAAGCGCCAACUUCGUUGGAAACUUAGACCUAAGUGGCAUCAGCUUGCGUGUCACUUGGUGCCCCUGGCGCCGCUGAAUCCGAGAUAUUUUGCGAAUUACUUAGAUGAAGAUUAUGUGCGCAGAAUUAAGCAGUUGGCGGUGCGGCGCACUGCUGCGGGCAUGAGCUCCGAGGUUUGCCAGCGAUACUGCAUUCAAGUUUGCCUUCGCUGGGCCUCACUGUAUGGCAACGGAGUGCAGCUGUGA